AUGAGCUUCCUUCGGUUUAGACGAGGAUCAUCGGAAAACAGCUACUUCAAUCAAGAAAGCGAGUUGAAGGCCAGCAAAUUAAGAGAUUCCGCGCAGUUGCGCUCCCAAAAUAAUAAUGGAGAUAUUUGUUUUGGGAGUUCCGAUGGCAAUGCCGCAUCAGCAGCCCCUCCUGCAUCUACCAAUUUUGAUAACUCCGUGGAUGUGCUCCCGGAGAUUCUCAGCCAUCGAUUGCCUCUCGCGAGCCGAUCAGAGCCGUUGAUGGACGUCAGGUACUCGCCAGGUGGAUCUGGAGAUGCAGCGAGUAAUGACAGAGGUGGAGAUGCAGAUAGAUUCGCACACGUCAGCAGAUCAGCGCCAGGUGGAUCUGCACUCGUCAGCAGGGCGGCCAGGGGAUUGCCUGGUGCAUUGGAGGGGGCGGUGGGGCAUGUUCCGCAGACGCGGCUCGGCAGGGGCAAGUACCAAAUAUCAUUCGAUAACGCGCACACGCCUUCUCCUUCCACAGCCAAUGAGAGGCGGCCACGUGGACCGGACAAGGCGACAACAGAGGGCAUGGCGCAGGCUCUCCGGAUGGUGACCAAAUCGUUUGCUAUAGCCACUGUGAUAGUUGCGGGGGGAGCAGCAGUGGCCGUGGCAGGCACGUUUCGAGCAUUGGAUGUGCAAACGCUUGAGGACCUGCCUGUGAAGGGGAAAGCCGCCAUCCAACCACGAAUUGAUGCCAUUGCUCAGUGGCUCUCCCCACUUAAUCACCAGGUGCAGCAAGUAGCAGCAGAAUGGCAGAUGAAGGAGGGGGACCAAUCAGCCCUGGGAUCAAGAUUUGCUGAAUGGGUGCAAGGUGCAGAUGGUAAGGUGCAGGGUGCAGAUGGUAGGGUGCGGGGUGCAGAUGGUAAGGUGCAGGGCGCAGAUGGUAAGGUGCAGGGUGCAGAUGGUAAGGUGCAGGGCGCAGAUGGUAAGGUGCAGGGUGCAGAUGGUAAGGUGCGGGGUGCAGAUGGUAAGGUGCAGGGUGCAGAUGGUAAGGUGCAGGGUGCAGGAGGAACGGGAGAAGAAGAGAAUUCAGCAUUUUGUGGAGAGGCCACACACUGCAGAGCACCGGACUCUCAGGCAGUGCGAGUGGCACCUGGCAGGGGGACGGGGAGGGGAGAGGGGGGGAGGGGAAGCGGGAAGGGGAGGGGAAGAGGUAACUGGUUAAGCAUCUCCCUCCUCCUCAAUCCACUCCCUCCUCCUCAAUCCACUCCCUCCUCCUCAAUCCACUCUCUCCUCCUCAAUCCACUCCCUCCUCCUCAAUCCACUCCCUCCUCCUCAAUCCACUCCCUCCUCCUCAAUCCACUCCCUCCUCCUCAAUCCACUCCCUCCUCCUCAAUCCACUCCCUCCUCCUCAAUCCACUCCCUCCUCCUCAAUCCACUCCCUCCUCCUCAAUCCACUCCCUCCUCCUCAAUCCACUCCCUCCUCCUCAAUCCACUCCCUCCUCCUCAAUCCACUCCCUCCUCAAUCCACUCCCUCCUCCUCAAUCCACUCCCUCCUCCUCAAUCCACUCCCUCCUCCUCAAUCCACUCCCUCCUCCUCAAUCCACUCCCUCCUCCUCAAUCCACUCCCUCCUCCUCAAUCCACUCCCUCCUCCUAAAUCCACUCCCUCCUCCCCUUCCUACCGCUCUUCUCUUCCCCAUUCCUCCCCUACACUCCCACCACAUCCCCCUCGAUAUAAUCACCUGAGCACCACCACGUCUCCGCGCUGGUAUUGCAUGUAA